AUUUUUAUUAAUUAUAUGAACUAGAUCGCGUAUGUCGCUGGUUGUCAUAAAUUAUCUGCGUCAUCUUUAGAUAUUUGCAGAUGAGAUUUUUAUAAGUGAUUUUAGCGAAUCUUUAAUUUUCUUCUGUUGUGUCUAAUUCAUAAAAAUUAAGGUUAAUCUUACAUCAUAAAAAUGACUUUAAUCGAGGGUGUUGGAGAUGAAGUAACAGAUUUUUUUAUUGUUGUGGCUGUCCUCUUAAUAGGAUGGCUUGCAUGGUAUUCUACAAGUAUUACAGAUCAACCAUUAAUCCGCACAGUACUUGUAUUACGUAGAACACGCACACGUCUUGCUGAACUUAGAGCUAAUCAUCAAAAUGCAAGCUCAUUUACACGACCUCCAAAUUUGGAGGUAACUGAAGAAGAAACAAUAGAACCAAUUGCAGAUGAUAAUAAUGGCAAUUCACAAGCUUGUCCUGAACCAUCUAUUGCAGACACAAAUGAAGAAAUUUCUCCUGACACACAUAGAACAUCUGAAGCAACAGCUACAGAAGAAGUACUUAUUGAAGCUAUGGAUUCAUUUAAUAAUGAUUGUACAACAAAAUUACAAAAGCAAACCAAAUUAAGCUCUUCUAAAGAAACAAGUAUAUCAACAUCAACAUGUAACGAUUCUAUAGAACAUGAACAUGAAACUCUUUCAACAACAAAUGCUAAUGAAAUUAGCAUCAAGCUUAAGUUUAUAAAUGAUGAUCAAAAAAUGGUUACUGGUAGCUUAAAAGAAUUGCUUGGAGAUUUUAAAAGGAGACAUUUUCAAACAGAGUUAGAUGCACAAAAAUUAGUGCGUUUAGUUUUUAAUGGUCGAGUACUACAGCCUGACAAUCAAACAUUGGAAAGAUGUGGCUUAUAUAACAAUUGUGUAGUUCAUUGUUUGGUUCAUCAACCACGACCAAAUCCUGUAUCAUCUCAAACAUCAACAUUAGACAAUUCAUCACCAAUUUAUUUUAACCCUCAAUCAUUUUCUGAUAUUCCUGUUGGCACAGGAAUUAGUUCUGUGCAUAAUGAAUGGGAUUUGAGUAGACCAUUAGUAGUCAUUUUGACUGUCAUGUUAGGUUUCGCUUGGUAUUCCCGAUAUCAUUAUGCUCAAUUUUUUACCGCGAGUACAACUCUCGCAUUAUAUGCACUCACUGCAAUUUUCGCAAUGUCAGUAGCUUUAAUAUUAUGUCAUUAGCUAGUAAUUUCUUUUUCAAUCAACAAUGCAACAUCAGAAAUAUUGCGUGAACUUAUAGCAAAGAAACAGUUAAAGAUAUUAUUUUGAAAUAUGAUUUUGUAAACAUUAAUGUGUGUUUUCAGUGUAACAUCAUUUAAACACAUUGAUUCCUGACAUAAAAGAGAACGUGAAGAGUUAUUGUGAUUUUUAUCAAUGUAUAAAGGAAUUCAUAUGAAUAAUAUAUCAAUAUACU